AUGGCCGCCUUUGCCCCACCAGAUCAGGCUGCUGACCUGCUACAGAAACUGACUUUGGACCCACAGGCGAAGACUCUGGAAAUUCCAGAGCCAACCAAAAAGCCAUCUGUUGAUUCUGGCAAUGGGACCAAUGGACAGCUUCACUCACGGGAUGGGGCAUUGACUCCCAUUCUAUCGGAUUUUAUUGAUCCGUCUAUGUGCUAUCUUCCUAAUGGCUACCCUUCUACUGCAUACUACUACGGCGGCUAUGAUGGGACUGGUAGUGAGUGGAAGGAUUACGCACCAUAUGUGAAUUCAGAUGGAGUAGAAAUGACACCAGGAGUUUAUGGGGACAAUGGGUCGCUAAUGUAUCACCAUGGCUAUGGCUAUGCUCCUUAUGGCCCAUAUUCUCCUGCUGCUACGCCUGUUCCAACUGUUGGACAUGAUGGUCAACUAUAUGGAGCUCAACACUACCAGUACCCUUCUCCCUAUUUCCAGUCAGCAACCAGUGGUCCGUAUCCUACUCCAGCUGCCUCUGCCAAGGGUGACAUAUCAGCCUCUGCAGCUGCUGACAAAGCUCCUUUGUCAGUUGCUUCUGCUGAUGCAAAACCUAAUGGCGUUGCAAAUAGCGGGAGCACAAAGAAAAAUAAUGGCUCGAAUACUGCCAAACCAUCAUAUCAAAAUUCAUCUUAUAGUUAUAAUGGCACGUAUGGACGGGGUGGAUUUGCUGGAGGAAUUCCUGCUUCUGGUUAUCAGGACCAAAGAUUUUUAUUUGAUGGUUCACGGUCACCAAUUCCAUGGUUAGACGGUUCCUUCAUGUCAGAUGGGCAGCCUAGGCCAGUAACUAGCUCUUCUAUGACUUCGUCCCUACCAAAUGGAAAUGGUGUUCCCUCAUCAAGGAAUCAGAAUUUCCAUCCUCAUCUUAUGGGUUUGCACCACCCAAGGCCGAUGUCUGGUAUGAAUACAGCCAACGGAUACAUAAAUAGAAUGUAUCCCAACAAAUUAUAUGGUCAGUAUGGAAACACAUACAGAACUGGGUUGGGCUAUGGAUCUAAUGGGUAUGAGUCACGAACAAAUGCUCGUGGUUAUAUGGCUGUUGAUAACAAGUAUAAACCCAGGGGAAGAGGAAAUGGCUUCUAUGGAUAUGGCAGUGAGAACAUGGAUGGUUUGAAUGAGUUGAACAGGGGACCAAGAGCAAAGAGCUCCAAGAAUCAGAAGGGUGUAUUGUCAGUAGAUCCGGCUGUCAAUGUGCAAAACACCUUGACUGGAACAGUUGAUAGCGAGGAGAAGUCAAGUGUGGCUCCUAAUCGAGAACAAUAUAACCGACCGGAUUUCCCUGGGACUUAUGCUGAAGCAAAGUUCUUUGUUAUCAAGUCGUACAGCGAGGAUGAUAUCCAUAAGAGCAUCAAAUACAAUGUAUGGGCUAGUACACCAAAUGGUAACAAGAAGCUAGAUGCAGCUUACCAGGAUGCUCAGCAGAAGUCCGGAGGCUGCCCUGUUUUCCUUUUCUUCUCAGUAAAUACCAGUGGGCAAUUUGUCGGUGUCGCGGAGAUGGAUGGGCCUGUCGAUUUCAACAGGAAUGUUGAGUACUGGCAGCAGGACAAGUGGAUUGGUUGUUUCCCUGUUAAAUGGCACAUUGUGAAGGAUGUACCCAACAGCUUGCUGAAGCACAUCAUCCUAGAAAACAAUGAGAACAAACCUGUUACUAAUAGCAGGGAUACUCAGGAGGUUAAAUUGGAGCAGGGGCUUCAAAUGCUCAAAAUAUUCAAGGAUCAUUUGAGCAAACAAUGUGUCUUGGAUGAUUUUGAAUUCUAUGAGGAUCGCCAAAAGAGAAUUCUGGAGAAGAAAGCUAAGCAACAGCAGUUUCAGAAGCAGACGCAGGUAUGGGAAGGUAACCCAAAUGGAGAGAUUAAAUCUAAGUCUUCAGAAAUUGCUUCUGAUGUGGUCAAGGAGACUACAGCAGUUCAGACUAAUGGGGAUGACAACCUUCCCGAUAAUAGUUCUCUUGCAAAAUCUGAUGUCCCCAAAACUGUACAUCCUGAUGUGGUUGCAAAUGGUAGCUAG